AUGACGCAGAGGGCGUGUUCUGAUGCGCCGGACCCGGAAGUGAUGUUUAGUCAUUUUGUAGAAGAUUUUAACCAGAGACCCCCCCCUGGUCUCGAGGAACCAAACCAGAACCCCCCUCGAGGAACCAGAACCAGAGACCCCCCUGUGGUCUCGAGAACCAGAACCCCCCCCUCUGUGGUCUCGAGGAACCAGAACCAGAGACCCCCCCUGUGGUCUCGAGGAACCCCAGAGACCCCCCUGUGGUCUCGAGGAACCAGAACCAGAGACCCCCUCCCCACCAGAGACCCCCCUGUGGUCUCGAGGAACCAGAACCAGAGACCCCCCCCAGAACCAGAGACCCCCUGUGGUCUUGAGGAACCAGAACCAGAGACCCCCCCUGUGGUCUCGAGGAACCUGAACCAGAGACCCCCUGUGGUCUCGAGGAACCAGAACCAGAGACCCCCCCUGUGGUCUCGAGGAACCAGAACCAGAGACCCCCCUCUGUGGUCUCGAGGAACCAGAAACAGAGACCCCCCUGUGGUCUCGAGAACCAGAACCCCCUGUGGUCUCGAGGAACCAGAACCAGAGACCCCCUCUGGGUCUCGAGGAAAUAGAACCAGAGACCCCCUGAACCAGAGACCCCCCCUCUGUGUGUGUCUAUAA